AUGGGCCAAGGUCUGAGCAUCAAAAAAUGUGAUUUUAAGAUCACAAAGAACAACAGUAACCACCACACAGAAGAAAUCAGCACUAAAAGGCUUAUGGUGAGGCGGGGACAGCCAUUCACUGUCACCGUGAGCUUCUCAGCUCCAAUACACAGCUACCUGCAGCAGCUGAAGAGGACCUUCCUCAUAGUACAGACAGGACCGCAUCCUUCCAAAGCAGAUGGAACUCAGACGGAAUUUCCCAUCUCCAGCCUGGGAGACCAGACGCAGUGGAGCGCAGCACUGGAAGAACAGGACCCGUGCUUCUGGACCAUCUCUGUGAACGCACCCGCCAACGCCCCCAUCGGCCAAUAUGCUCUGCUUUUACACACCUCCAAGUCUUACUGUCUCCUGGGCAACUUCACCCUUCUCUUUAAUCCCUGGUGCCAAGAUGAUGAGGUGUUCUUGGCUAAUGAGGCACAGCGGCAGGAGUACAUUUUAAACCAAGAGGGUGUCAUCUACUGGGGGACUGAAAAUGAAGUCCUAGCACAACCCUGGGAUUUCAGUCAGUUUGAGGAAGAUAUUGUUGACAUCUGCUUCACACUGCUGGAUGUCGGUGAACACCAUCAACGACACAAGGAUCACACCCAGCGCAAGAGUCCUAUUUACAUCUGCCGCAUAGUUGCUGCCAUGCUAAACUGCAAUGAGUUCAGAGGAAUCCUCACAGAAUAUGGGACCGGCCAACACUACAAUGGGACAUCCCCUUCUAAGUGGCUGGGAAGCAUCCCCAUACUCCAGCAGUGGGUUUCAUCGCAAUGCAAGCCUGUCCGCUACGGGCAGUGCUGGGUGUUCGCUGCAGUGAUGUGUUCAGUUCUGAGGUGCCUGGGAAUUCCUACCAGAGUGGUCACAGGUUUUACGUGGGCUCACAACACUAACAGCAGCCUGAGUGUGGAUGAGUAUUACGAUGAAGAUGGGACACUGCUUACACAAGACAAGAGUGCCCGUGUCUGGACCUUCCACGCUUGGAACGAAUGCUGGAUGGCUCGAGCAGACUUGCUACCAGAGUACAGCGGGUGGCAGGCACUGGAUGCCACCUGCCAGAAAAAAAGCAAAGGUCCAUCCUUCUGCGGGCCAGCCCCUGUUCAGGCCAUCAAGGAAGGGGACACGGAAGUUGAUUAUGAUGUCUGCUACUUCUUUGCUGCCAUCAAUGCCAAGUGCCAGGUCUGGAUACAAAAAGCAGAUGACACUCUCAAGCCAGCUCUCGGUAGCACAAAGUACACUGGCAACAACAUCAGCACCAAGAGUGUGGGCAGUGAACGCUGUGAGGAUAUCACACAAAACUACAAGUAUCCUGAAGGUUCUCUUCAGGAAAGAGUAGCACUUGACAAAGCCUACAGAAAGAUAAAGAAACUUGAGACAACCAGCAGCAGCACUGAACCGCAGCUUAGCUCCAUUCCUGCUACCCUUGAAGAGCCAGUUAACCUUUUCAUCCACCUCCAGUCCAAGAGUUCUCUGCUACUGGGUCAAGAUUUUCCGCUUUCCAUUGACGUGUUUAACCACAGUGGUGGAGAAAAAGCUACUCACCUGGUAAUUGGGGCCCAGGCUCUACAUUAUAAUGGCGUGCCCAUUACCCAACUUUGGAAGGAAGAGUUUAAUUUUAUCCUCAAAACCAAUGAAGCUAAAAACCUGCAAGUCUUCGUGCCUUACUCACGGUACAGAGAAGAGUUGGGAGAGAACCGUCUGCUUAGGCUGACCGCCAUGCUGAGAGAUGAGGACUCCUUCUACAUAUACUUUGCACAGGAAGAGAUCAGCAUUUGUGAUCCCCCUCUCACUAUUGAGUUUCCAGAAAACAUGGUACAGUAUCAGCCAAGCACAGCAAAGAUCAGCCUCCUGAAUCCUCUCACUGAACCCUUGGAGAAGUGUGUUAUAGUGGUUGCAGGGCGAGGGCUCAUUUACAGACAAAGGAAGUACAGGUUAGGUCCUGUGCCACCUAAAAGCACCCAACAGCUGCAAAUCCCAUUCACCCCCACGCAAGCAGGGCCCCGGAGACUCACUGCACAUCUUACCUGUCGUCAACUCCAGAACCUGAAGAGCUACAAAACUAUCGACAUUGCAACUGCCUGA